AGAGGGAGGGAGGUGGUGGUGGUUGGGGGGAGCAUCUUUGGUUUGUUUGCGCUGAGGAAGGAAGUUGCAGGAAAGAGCAAUGAGAGGGCUAUAAUUAUCUCCAAGGGUUUCUUUUUUUCCCCUCCUCGUUUCCUCCGACCUCACGGGGACGGCCGGUUUGAAGACGGGACUCCGCGUGGUUGUGUGAAAACAUGGAGAAAUGGUCUUCCUGAGGACUUUACCGGACAGUAAUUUGAACUCAUCCUACGAACAUGUGCGCCUUUCAUCUCUCACACACUGAGCUCUUUGACUUACUUUAGUCCAAUCAAUAUUUAUGCGCUUGGGACCGCACGGAGCCAUCUGCACGUUUCCCGUUGAAGGUUUAGGACUGGAGCAGUGAUGGAGGACAUCGACCUCGAGCAGCAGGAGCCGUUUCCCGUCGAUCGAGAUGGCAGACCGCUGGGGAAUGGAGCCGAACAGCCUGAUGGUGGCAGGAAGUUGGGAUGUUGUGAGAAGUUUCAGCACUCUGUUUCCAGAUGGAUGCUCCCAGAACACGCCCGCAGCAAGUACCUGGAGCGGGCCAACUGCUGCCCACCACCCAUCUUCAUCAUCCUCAUCAGUAUUGGAGAGCUGGCAGUGUUUAUCUACUACGCUGUGUGGAAGCCUCAGAAGCAGUGGGUGACUCUGGAUGAAGGCAUUUGGAAGAGCCCGCUGACGUACAAGCCUGAGCUCAGGCAGGAAGCAUGGCGCUUUAUCUCCUACAUGUUUGUCCAUGCCGGUGUGGAGCACAUCAUGGGCAACCUGAUUAUGCAGCUGCUAGUGGGAAUUCCACUGGAACUGGUCCACAAAGGAUUUGAAGUGGGUAUGGUUUACCUGGCAGGCGUCCUGGCAGGGUCUUUGUGUAGCUCCAUCUUUGAUCCGCUCAGUGCUUUGGUGGGCGCUUCUGGGGGUGUUUACGCCCUAAUAGGAGGUUACUUUAUGAAUGCGGUGGUGAAUUUCCGAGAGAUGAUUCCUCUCCUUGGAGUGUUUCGUAUCCUCGCCAUAGUGAUAUUUGUUGGGAUGGAUUUUGGAUUUGCCUUCUACAGAAGAUUUAUCAAUGACGAGGCUGGUUUGAAGGUGUCCUUCGUGGCUCAUUUUGGGGGAAUUUUGGCGGGGAUGACCAUCGGCUUUGUCUUCUUCAGCGCUUACAACAAGAAGCUACUCAAAGAUCCACGUUUCUGGCUGUGCAUAGUGGGCUACACAGUCUUUGUGCUCUUUGCUGUGGUCUUCAACAUCUUCCUGUCUCCAGCAUCAUAGGACCACAAAGCUGCACUCGACAGUGUUUUUUUUUUUUUUUUUAAGUUAACACUAAAUAUGUCUUAAUAUCACACCCAGGAAGCUUUUUACUCAUUUUACUCAUGUUUUAGUACAAAGCUGCUCUUCAGGGAAGCUUGUGUGACUGUUGUGCACGGGAUGUUUUUAUUUUAUAUCAAAUUUGUACGACAGUGCCUCCUGCUGUUAAAGCGCAGCAAUGCAGAAGGAAUAUUUCAUACUUUAGAAAAUGUUGAGGAAAUCAUGCCUUAAAAAAGUUAAUGAUUUAGAACUGAAUUAAAUGUUAUAAACAGUGAGUAACUGUUAACUAUAAUUUAUGAGCUUUUGAGUUUGAAGUUUUUGUUUGUUAGAUUUUUUUUUUAAUAACUUUUCAUGAUUAUCAGGUAAUUAAUGAUCACACUGGUCCUACUUCAUGUCUUUUUAUAUUAAUUGGAAAUAAUCCCCAUACAGUUGAAUAGAAAAAUUUAUUGCUGUUCUUUGCUGUCACUAACAUUCAGUUGGAUCAUCAUGGGCUGUUACGGACUUUCAGUAUUCACAAAAUGUGCCUUAAAGGUGGUAAAAUCCCACACUUUGUUAGACACAGAAUUUGAUGAUGACAUGUUGAUUGGUUAUGUGACGGCACUUGCACAAGAUGUCUCAGGAAUAAACGGGGUGAAUGUUCAAAAUAUCAGCGCUGCCCCUUCCUGUUGUAAGCAAAAGAGCUCGUUUACCGUCAGGCCUUGGCUUAAUGCCCCGUUAUUGUUUCACAUCCUGUUGACUGGAUGUAGCUAAUUAGGUGCUGAGAUGUAAAACUGAUUGAUUUUUCUUGUGUACUAUUUUCUUAACCUUGAAAACAUAAAGCUUCGUCUUUAAAUGUGACCAUCCAGUUUUCAGAAACACCAUCGACUGUAAAUAUAGUGUAGUUAACAGUCCGUCUGCAGUUUCAUAAGUCUGUAGAUGAAAACUAUUUAAUAUCACUGUUGUACAUCUGGUGUCAAAAGGGCAUGAGGUGCUGACUGUUUGACAAACCUUAUUUUAGAAAAUGUGCUUAAUUUAUAUGUGAUUACAGUAAGACUAUGACCAAAGACCAAACAGGAACCUCUCACACUGGCUUAUGCAUUUCCACAGCUCAGUGUUUAAAGUGUUUUAUUAAAAGGUGGAUAUCUUUUUGUUGUUGUUUGUUUUCUCUGUUUUUUUUUUGUUAAAUUGAAUCUGAACUGCUGGUUCUGAGAUGACUGAUUUUGUCUGACGAACAUAUUUAGAGUUAAAGUAAAGUAAAGUUAGAGUAAAGACAA